AUGCCCACAAAGGAUUUUGUAUACAAGACCGUCGAGGGCCUUGAUGUCGCAGCGACUGUGUACUGGCCGCAGACUGGGUUGGGAAACCCAGGCACGAAGCUACCGAUUGCAAUUGGAUUUCAUGCAGGCGGCUUCACCAUCGGAUCCAGGUUUCUCUUCAAUCUCGAGGAGAUAGAGGUACUUCUCGACUUCGGAUUUGUUGUUGUGUUGGCGGAUUACCGUCUCUGUCCACAUGUCUCCCUCUACGAGGGUCCCAUCCAGGAUGCGAGAGAUGCUUUUCGUUGGGUGAAGACCACGCUCCCCGAGCUGAUCCGCAGGGAAGUAGGACUCACACUGGAUCCAAGUCGUGUUGUCGCUUUUGGUCAAUCUUCCGGUGGUACUUUGGCUUUACAUCUGGUGGGCUUAACCACAUUGUCCCGAUCCCUCUUCUCCAAGCGCUACCCAACCGACCCCGGCUCGGAAAUGAUGCCUCCAAUUGAUCAGUCGUUUGCGCAGCGUGUUCUCAGCGAGCCACCCCGUUCCAUGACUGAUGUCGCACCGGAGCAGUUUCUCGCACCGGGCACCAUGCCCAUGCCCAAUCUUUCCAAGCCUCGAGACGCCUGGUUGGCUCUAGCAUUCAAGGAAGGGACACAUCUGGAGCGCUGUGUCCAGGACGGCGACCUUGCGCGUGUGGACCCAGCAACUUUCUUCUCGUCUGCAUUCCCGCCGACGAUAUUCUUGACUGGGACCAAGGAUACAUUUAUUGACCCGCGGUUCUCGCGGCGCGCGCAUGAACAUCUGGCGGGACUGGGGGUGAAGUCGAAGCUGAUUUUGGCGGAAGGAGGGCAACACGGGUUUGAUUUUGGGCUGGGAAGGGACGAGGUCCAGUUUAAGGAGAGCGUCCUUCCAGGCUACGAGUUUUUGGCCAAACAUGUUUAG